AUGUCACAGCCAGUGCAGGGAACCCCACGGGGGAACACACACCAAGCACAAGCUCUAGCGCUGGAACCCGCGGGGGUACCCGGCCAAUCUGACCCAUCCCGGCUCCGGCCGACCUACAGGCGCAUCGCCAUCCCGUGCAAUCAUGCCCGCGGGGAGGCGGGUAUACCCGCGAAAUGGCUUGAUUUAGACAGCCCGGACGGGUAUACCCGCGAACAGGCCUACCAGUACCGCCAGCCUCCAGUCCAAACAGCCAGAUCGUUGAUUGGCACACCCUCUGGUGAUCCAAGCCGAGCCAACAAAGCUUGCAGGGACCUUCCGCUGCUCUUCCUCCGGAUGGGUCAGUGA